AUGCAGCGAGUCUUACGCUCCCAGACCAAGGAAGCCAUCGAGAGUGAAGACACCACACCUCCUCCCAAAGUGGCCAAAAGGCGGCGCUCACGUGCAGCGGACCCAUGGGCAAAGCGACGCAAGCCAAGCACCAAACCAAAGUCGCCCAAACCCCAGAUCACUCACUUUACAUGCCGAAUCUGCAUCGAAGAGCAGACAACCGAUCAGUUCGUAACAUGGCUACCACCAAAGCGCCGAGACACAACCCCAACUUUCGACAUCCCCAGGGGCUGCAUAGACCACCUCGCACGCAAUCCGCGCCGAACAAAAAUCGAUCCCGUCUGCAAAACAUGUAUUGGGAACUUCCUGUCUGCGCGUAUUGACACUCUCGGCGCACAGAACAUCAGCACAGGCUGUCUGGAACCCGGUUGCACAAACUACUGGAACCACAACUACAUCUUGCAGUACAUGCCCGCCGGCGAGCCUCUCAACAAAUUCAACAUGGAGAUGCUAGAAUUCUGGAAGCAAACGGCCGACCCCAAGCCAAUGACUUGCACAGCGCCGGAUUGUAACGCCGUGGGGCUUCCUGAUCUCAGGGCCCCGGGUUACCCGCAGGUGGUGUGUAAUGAGUGUAUCACCCGGUCUUGCGCUCAGUGUCUCGUGCCCUGGCACAAAGAUCUCACAUGUUCCGAGUAUGCGGCCAAGCAUGUCAACGACAAGAUGAGCGAUACCGAGAAGGAGACGCUGGAACUCAUGCAGAGUAAAGACGGGAGACGUUGUCCGCAUUGUCAGCUUGUCAUUGUGAAAGAUGGAGGUUGUGAUAGUAUGCUCUGUGUCGGUUGCUACAAGUACUUCAACUGGGCUACCGCCGCUUCAGCUGUUAGUGGUGCAAAGAAAGCUCAAGUACCUCUUAUUCACGGUAUACCGUACUGGAUAGAUCCUAAUCCGGCUAAUGCGUGCGAGAUGGAUGGUCUUUUGGCGGGUGGAAACGCUACCAAGGCUGCAACCUCGUAG